UGGAGAUAAGAAACACCCUAACCUUUGGAAUAGAAAUUGAUAGGAUUAAAAUCAACUGGUAUAAAUACAGAUGUAACAAGACAAUAAAAAGACAGAACCUGGGCAAGGGUGAGACAUCAUCCGCUCGUGUCGAGCGGUCCGAAGCUGAUUUCCUAGGAGCUGUGGAGCCCGGAUCGAGGAGGAGGCCUCAGGAUGUCUGUGGCAGACAAGCUCCUGGCCGACCUCGAGGAGGAGGCGGCGGAAGAGGAGGAAGGAGGAAGCUAUGGGGAGGAGGAAGAGGAGCCGGUGAUCAAGGAUGUGCAGGAGGAGACACAGCUGGGUCUUUCCUGGGAUUCGGUCGAGAGCAUCGCCAAGCUGUGGGAUAGCAAGAUGUUUGCUGAGAUCAUGCUGAAGAUUGAGGGGUACAUCAGCAAGCAAGCCAAAGCUUCGGAAGUGAUGGGACCAGUGGAGGUGGCGCCCGAAUACCAGGUCCUCGUGGACGCCAACAACCUGACCGUGGAGAUUGAGAACGAGCUGAACAUCAUCCAUAAGUUCAUCUGGGACAAGUACUCGAAGCGGUUCCCCGAGCUGGGGUCGCUGGUCCCCAACACGCUGGAUUACAUCCGCACGGUCAAGGAGCUGGGCAACAGCCUGGACAAGUGCAAGAACAACGAGAACCUGCAGCAGAUCCUGACCAACGCCACCAUCAUGGUGGUCAGCGUGACCGCCUCAACCACCCAGGGGCAGCAGCUGUCAGAGGAGGAGCUGGAGCGGCUGGAGGAGGCCUGCGACAUGGCGCUGGAGCUGAAGGCCUCCAAGCACGGCAUCCACGAGUACGUGGAGUCCCGCAUGUCCUUCAUCGCAUCCAACCUCUCCAUCAUCAUCAUCAUCAUCAUCAUCAUCAUCGGGGCGUCCACGGCCUCCAAGAUCAUGGUGUCCGGCAGCCUGACCAACCUGUCCAAGAUGCCCGCCUACAACAUCAUGCUGCUGGGGGCCCAGCGCAAGACGCUGUCGGGCUUCUCGGCCACCUCUGUGCUGCCCCACACCGGCUACAUCUACCACAGCGACAUCGUGCACUCCCUGCCCCCGGAUCUCCGGCGGAAAGCGGCCCGCCUCGUGGCCGCCAAGUGCACGCUGGCAGCCCGCGUGGACAGCUUCCACGAGAGCACGGAGGGGAAGGUAGGCUACGAACUCAAGGACGAGAUCGAGCGGAAGUUCGACAAGUGGCAGGAGCCUCCCCCUGUGAAGCAGGUGAAGCCGCUGCCUGCACCCCUCGAUGGGCAGCGCAAGAAGCGAGGCGGCCGCAGGUAUCGCAAGAUGAAGGGGUGGCUGGGGCUGACGGAGCUCCGGAAGCAGGCCAACCGCAUGAGCUUCGGAGAGAUGGAGGAGGACGCCUACCAGGAGGACCUGGGCUUCAGCCUGGGCCAGCUGGGCAAGUCGGGCAGUGGGCGCGUGCGGCAUACGCAGGUGAACGAGGCCACCAAAGCCAGGAUCUCCAAGACGCUGCCGUGGACCCCGCAGAAGCAGAGUGUGGUGUAUGGCAGGAAGUCCACCAUCGGCGACCGCUCCUCAGGCACCGCCUCCAGUGUGGCCUUCACCCCGCUCCAGGGCCUGGAGAUUGUGAACCCACAAGCGGCUGAGAAGAAGGUGGCCGAGGCCAACCAGAACUACUUCUCCAGCAUGGCCGAGUUCCUCAAGGUCAAGGGCGAGAAGAACGGCAUCAUGUCCACAUGAGGGUGCACCCUGGGUGGCCGCCCACGGCAGAUGUGGAGGCCAUGUGCUCCCAAGGGGUCAGGGCUGGGGGCUCCGAUGGGGGAGCCCGCCAGUGCCCAGUGCCCAGACUGUCCAGGGGGGUGCGGAGGCCCCCGCACCAAGAUCGCCGCCCCAGUUGGGGGCAGAGCGGUCCCCACCAUACCUCGUUUUUGUUAUUUUAACUGGGAAAGGAGAUACUUUUGGGGAAAGUGUGAUUAAAAGCACAUUGUCAAAAAAAAAAAAAAAAGAGAGAGAGAGAGAACCUGGCUGGAGAUCCUAGCUGGAACCUCGCUAGAGAAACUUGCUAGGCUGCUGAUCAGCUGCUGUCUUUGUAUCAUUCCUUCUUCGCUGACUCUGUCCACACCUUUGGGAACCCCUGGACCUGCUGGGGUUGG